AUGGACAGUAGCGGACCCGGUAACGGUCCUGAGGGACAGGGGGAUCUUGAUCUUUAUGAGCUGCUCGGAGUCGAGAGGACGGCAACUCCAGACCAGAUCAAGAAGGCAUACAGAAAGGCUGCCCUGCAACACCACCCAGACAAGGUCUCUGAGGAUCGCCGCGAGGAAGCCGAGGCCAAGUUCAAGCAAGCAACCCAAGCGUACGAGAUCCUCCGCGACGAUGAGAAACGAGAGAUGUACGACCAGUAUGGCAUGGCCGCCUUCGACCCGUCCCGCGGCGGCGGUCCCGGCGGUGCCGAAGUCGACCUGAACGACAUCCUGGCGCAAAUGUUCGGCAUGGGCGUCGGCGGCGGAGCAGGUGGGCCGCGACGGCCAAGGCGCGGCCGCGACGAGGAGCAACAGUACAAGGUGACACUGGAGGAGCUGUACAAGGGCAAGACCGUCAAGUUCUCCGCGAACAAGAAGGUCAACUGCAGCCAGUGCAAGGGCACGGGCGGCAAGGAGAAGGUCAAGCCGCAGACCUGCGACCGCUGCAAAGGCAACGGCUUCCAGGAGGCGUUCCAGCAGAUCGGUCCGGGCAUGGUCCGUAGGGCCCAAGUGCAGUGCGACCACUGCCAGGGCUCAGGAAACUACUACAAGGAGAAGGACCGCUGCAAGAGGUGCAAGGGCAAGCGCAUCAUUGACGAGAUCAAGCCUCUGGAGAUCUACAUUCCCCGAGGCUCCAUGCAGGGCAAGCAGAUCAGACUCGAGGGCGAGGCCGACCAGCAUCCUGACCAGACACCGGGAGACAUCAUCUUCACACUUGUUGAGGAGCCGCACGACGUCUUCACCAGGAUCGGCCAGGAUCUGUCUGCCGACUUGAACGUCACCCUCGCCGAGGCCCUCUCUGGGUUCUCAAGAGUGGUCCUCAAGCAUCUUGACGGGCGCGGCAUUCACAUCGACUUCCCCCGUGGCAAGAUCCUGCGUCCCAACGAGGUGAUCAAGGUUGCCGGUGAGGGUAUGCCUCUCGAGAGGGGCGAGGCAAAGGGCGAUCUCUACCUGAUCGCCAAGAUCGAGUUCCCUGAGAACGGGUGGAUGAGCGACGACAAAUCCUACGAGGCUCUGCAGAAGCUGCUACCCCCUCCCGAGCCGCCGAUCGUCGCGGAUGAGGUUGAUGAGGUCGACUACGAGGAGGAUGCGGAUAUCGAGGAGAUGGGUGCCCACUCAGGAGACGCACGAUUCGGUGGCGACUGGGAAGACGUGGACGAGGAGGAGGGAACCACCCAAUGUGCCACUCAGUAA